GCCGGAGCCGCGCUGCCGGCUGCCACCGGCCGCACGUGACGUAUGUGCACAGCGCCGGUAUCGAUUUUAUGGCGUGAUUGUGUCGGCUGCACGAGGCCGCCCUCCGACUCCAGGUGCAGUCAGGUCGGGUGCGCGGCAGCGACCGUCCGUGCGCGGUGUGGCGCCGAGCGGAAGGUGCUGCAGCGGGCGGGCGCCGCGCCGUCAUGGAGAAAAACAGGUCACCGGCGCUGUGCGCGCGGCUGGGCGACGCCGACAACGCCUGCAUCCUCGGCCUGCUGGCCUGCGUGUUCGUGUCGUUGGCGGCCGCCGGCGGCAUCCUCUCCUACUUCGCCUUCUUCUCGGCGCAGUCGGUGACGUCAUCGGCGCCUCACCACCUGUCGGCGGCGCUGGCGGCGCUGGGGCCUGUGCUGCUGGCGGCGGCGCUGCUCACCGUGCUGGCGGGGGCCCGGCUGUACCGGGCCGGCGGAUGCUCGGGCCAGCCGGCCUGGCUGCAGCGGCGCCGGCCCUACCACACCAUGGAUGGCGAAACAGCCGCCGGCAGCGACAACCCGGGCUUCGUGCGCGGCGAGGAGCAGUGAUAAUGCGCAGGGACGGCGGCGGAGCGGUGAUGACCGGCAGGGAUGACUGAGGAGCGGUGAUGAUCGGCGGGGACUGCCGAGGAGCAGUGAUAAGCUGCACGGACGGGCUGAUGUAGCGAUAGCCUGCAGGGGCGGCAGAGUGGUGAUCAUGGACGGCGGAGGUGCAGUAUCAGGGACGGCGGAGAAAUGGUGAUCAAGCACGACGGAGAGCUGUGAUUACUGAAAGUGACGGAGAGGCAGGAACGAGGCGCGCUGCGGAGACUGUACGCUGUUAUUGCACUCAACUUUGGUCGGGAGAUCGUUACGCAUAUGCACAAGUCAUACACCGCCUAGCAUGUAAGUCAGUGUCGGAGCAUCGUGGCGUUCCGUGCCGUUCUGUACGAACAGCAGAUCACUGCGGCAUUGGAUUGAUUAUCCGUGAAUUUGUGGUUGAAGAGAAGCGCGGUGGAAGGUGCUGAUAAUCAACUGAGAGAGGGGGCGGGGGAGAAGCGACGCACACGGUAUCGCGUUAAUGGGAGCUAAAGUAUCGCCUAGCUUGCGGAGCAAGGCCUUGCAGUUGGCGACCGAGCCGUGUGCACAAGGAGGAGAGUCUGCUGGGACCAGUCUGGGAGCACGUGCCAAUAUUAUGAAGCUGUGUUCACAUAUGUCACCAUUUUAAGAAAUAAAACAGUAAAGCGAUGGCGUGCGGCGCAAAAUAAAUGGGAUUUC